GUCCUGAAUGCACCACAGAAGGUAGUUUUGAAAACGGUAACCAGGAUGUAAUAACUAAUAACUCACUCACACUUACUCCUAUACAUGCUUAGCGGGCGUACACACACACAGUUAUGACAUUUUAUAUUAAGUUCGUUAAUACACGUUAUUUGACACAGAGAGGAGUAUCGGCAGAUUUUGAUUAGAGGAAAGCGGAAGAUGGCGGAAAUGGAGUCAGAGGAGGAAUCGGAGCGCGAAAUUGGAAACGAGGACCCGAGAGGAUUUGAAAAUAAAAAGAAAAGGAAGAAGAGUAACUGUCAGAAUGAAUCCAGUCAGAAAGAGGAGAAGUAUCUUGUCGGGAUGGAAGCUGUGACACAAACAGACGGCAUUUUCAAGAAUCCACAUGGUUGGAAAGUUUGUAGGAGGAAAGUUUGGAGAUGCACGAGCGGUCAGGAUAACAAGAAGUGGGAUGGUUAUCAUUGAAUGUGUGUCAAAGCGUCAGAGAGAGAGAGCGUUUAGAGAUCACAGCAGUGUGAACUGCUUCCCACUUGGAGCAGAAGUAAAGAAGAAGGGAGUAGUAAGCGGCGUGCCACUGACAGUGGAGGCCGAGUCAUUUCGGGAGGUUGAAGAUGUGUGUGAGGCGGGAAGGCUGACAAGAUUCAGAAAAGGGGAGGAGGAGGACAGUAACUCGGUGUGUUUGACUUUUGAGGGGGAGUUGCCGGAAAGAGUGUGAUUAGAUUAUGUGUGUUACAGGUGAGGCCGUAUGAGAGAGCUCCUCUCAGAUGUUUCUGCUGUCAGGAAUAUGGACAUGUUGCUGCAGGAUGUAGAGGAGGCAGGAGAUGUGGGAGAUGUGGGAAGGAAAAUUGUAAUGUGGAGGAGUGCAAAGUGGAGAAAGAGCAAGCAAAGUGCCUGCACUGCGAGGGAAAUCACCAUACGGGAUCAGCACAGUGCCCAAAAAGAAUUAAGGAAGUAAAAAUGAAUAAGAUCAGAGCAGAAAAGGGAUUGUCAUAUGCGGAAGCUGCUACGAGAAUGGAGAGAAACGGUGAAAUGGUGGCAGUACAAAAGGAAAAGGAGCAGAAAAGAAAUGGAGAUGAUCAGAGCAUCAGUAUGGACAAAAAACGUUUUCUGGCAUUUAUUGCCAUGGUUAUAAAUUGUGCGGCUUAAAUAAAGGGGAAGUCGGAAAGGAUUAAUAUGGUGCUGGAUGCUGCAAGAAGAGGAAGAAGAAGAAGCGAGGAGCAAUUUAUGGAACACGUUGUUAAUUUCCUACCGGUGAGAUUGUCGGAGGCAUUUCGAGGUUGCGCCAAGCUGACUUCCGUUCGCCGUUCAGCGACGUUAGCGCGACAGUCUGCUUCUUCUCAGUUCUUCAAAAACAGGAGGUGAAUUUUGUGACCACCCAUCAUGACACUGUUUCACUUCGGGAACUGCUUUGCCCUGGCGUAUUUCCCUUACUUUAUAACAUACAAGUGCAGUGGCCUUUCAGAGUACAAUGCCUUCUGGAGAUGUGUCCAGGCUGGAGCAACCUACCUGUUUGUCCAACUGUGUAAGAUGCUGUUCUUAGCUACAUUUUUCCCCACAUGGGAAGGAGGAGCUGGCGUUUAUGACUUUGUAGGGGAAUUUAUGAAGGCAACAGUGGACCUGGCAGACCUGUUGGGCCUCCAUCUUGUGAUGUCUCGUAAUGCUGGUAAAGGAGAGUACAAGAUCAUGGUGGCUGCCAUGGGCUGGGCAACAGCCGAACUUGUGAUGUCCAGAUGUCUUCCUCUGUGGGUGGGAGCCAGAGGGAUUGAGUUUGACUGGAAAUACAUCCAGAUGAGCUUUGACUCUAACAUUAGUUUGGUCCAUUAUAUUGCCAUGGCAGCAGUGGUGUGGAUGUUCACACGAUAUGACCUUCCUAAGAGCUUCAGGCUUCCUGUUACUGUGCUACUUGCUCUCUGUGUCUACAAGGCCUUCUUAGUGGAGUUGUUUGUCCAUGUCUUCCUGUUGGGCAGUUGGACAGUGUUGUUGGUGAAAGCCGUGCUAACUGGUGCCAUCUCUCUCUGCUCACUGUUUCUCUUCGUCACUCUGGUCCACAGCAACUAAGUAAAAUUCAGCAUCCUGGGAUAAGCCUUCAACAACCUUUUGGACCGGGGUUUUCAUAAAUCAGAAGCGACUCCUGAUUCCAUUUCAGUCUUAGUAUCACCAUACAACACCAAAGUGUACUGAAAAAAUGCUUGUUGAUAUCAGGUAGUUGGACUGGUCUGAUGUACAAAACAGGUUAUGUACAAGCUACCAGUUGGUAAGCUAACCAGUUCUUCCAGUUUGUUGCACUCAGGGUGAAGCUUUAUUUGCUUUCAGUUCACCAGUAUAAACUGCAGGAUGAGUGGUGACAUCAGGAGGCUUCUGUAAUAUGAUUGGCUUACCUAAGCUGUGUGUGUUUUGUUAAAAGGUGAAUUUUGUAUCAGAACAACCACAAAUGAAUUGUGACUUUAUAAUUAACAUCAUUCUUUCAUGUGUGUUGUCCAAUGAGCCAGCGUAAAUGCUUAGAUUAAAUAAUAACGUGAAUUUAUAACAAACGAAUGACCAUGAUAGUUAAUUGUGUUGCCACAAAUGUAUCAAUUUAUUUAUAUACAAGUAAAUAUUACAAGUAGUUAAAACAUAACUGUAGCAAGAUUUUUUCUAAUCAUUGAAGCAAUUGUAUUAAAGAUUUAAAGUUUAACUAAAAAAAACUGAAUGCGGCCCACAGUUGAAAUAAACUUAGGUCCACUCAACAUUAGGACCACAUUAUCUUGAAUUGUACUGUAAGCAUCUGUGAUUUUGACAUUAAAGUGAUGAAUAUGUCUUUUUGUCUCA